AAAAGUGUCAAAUGUGUUCACUAUUCACUCUCUAGCUCUGCAACCCGACAACUUCAGAAUCCUCUCCUUCCUUCUUCCCAUCCUUCUCCGGCCACUGCACUGUACCUUUUCCGACCCCUUCUUCGUGACCGACCGCCGGAUUUGCCCCCUACUCUGAACCCUCUACCCUAUCGUCAACUCUACCCUUAGAAACCAACUUUCGCAGUCCGAAAGUCUUCCUGGAACUUGGCUCACUCUUGAAUAUGAAGUUUCUUGAUUGGUAUUUAAAGAUUGCAUUUGGGUCAGCUCUGAUUGGAGCAUCCAUGGAGUUCUUUAUGAUCAAAACCGGCUUCUAUGAUAAAGUAACAGUUCUGGAGUCUGAAAAACGGGCUUGGGAAAGCUCUCCAGAGGCUCAGGCAGUCAGAGACGCUCUCAAUCCUUGGAGAAAUCGUGAUGUAGAAGCAAAGAAAGAGUCCUAAGCUAGACGGGCCUCAUUUUCGUAAGGAAGAAGAUAAUACAUGCAGGACAGUUUUUGAGAAAUACUUCCGUAGUAGGACAUUAAGUGAAAGGUGCCCUUGAUCUUCCUAAACAAUAGUUUCAUACGGAAUGAAAGUUUUGAAAUUUCUAUUAUUCUUUUCAUGGAAAUAACAUACUGUCUUACGAUAUACUGUUGCCUUACAAUUUCUGAUUGAUCACGCGAGGUUGACCCUCCUUAGUGCAGUGUUCAUGGAAGGCAUUACAUAUUUGUAACCUUUUUUUCCUUUUUGUGUGUGGCGUUCCAGUGUUGUAGAACAUUUAUGUAUCUGAGAAACUAGAAUUUUAAUAUUUAACCAGAAACUCAAAAA